AUGAGUGGCGAUGAUCGCAUAAAUACGAGCCGAAUUGUUAUUAUUCCGGGAGCCUUUCUCGGCGCGUUUAAUCUUAUUGUGCUGUGCAUAAUCCUUGUAUUCAUGAUUUGUCGCCGCCGGGAGAUCAUGCACGACAGAAAGACGUUAGAUCAGACAACAAACCGCUUGGAUGUCCUUUUACCCACAAACACCAUCGAGCAAUGGUUGCCUGCUACAAAGGCCAAAAUGAAGUCGUCUGAGGCUACUGGCGAGUAUUUUGUCUGUGUCGUGUGUUUAGAGCAGGUGGACCGCACGGAGAGGGUUCAUGAGCUGCAGUGUCUGCAUGUCUUCCAUUGGAAGUAUUUGAGGGGAUGGUAUAUUCGCGGGCAUUAUAAUUGUCCAUUGUAUAACCGGCCGUAUUUUAUAGAGGAUAGUGUGUGCACUGCACAACGAGAAUGGGUUGAUAGUAAGAAUAAUUGA